AUGACGUCCUCGGUCAUGUGAUUGCCUGCCGGAAGUGGGGUUGCUGCACUGGCGGAAGUACAACUGAGUGGCCUGACAGGUCAUCCCGUUCAAAUCAGUGUGGCGGGAAGUCAUGAAGCCGGAACAUAAACAAUGCGAAUGAGGAAGAAGAGGGGACUGAGUGACACUGUGAUCGGGGGUCUGGGCUGUGUGUGUCCCGCUGGAAGCUGAGUGACUCAUCAAGAUGGGUGUUCAUGAAUUAUGGCCGGUCCUGGAGCCGGUGAAGAAGCAUGUCCCUCUCCAGAGCCUCAGUGGGAAGACUCUUGCAGUGGAUUUGAGUAUUUGGGUCUGUGAAGCUCAGUCUGUAAAGCAGAUGAUUGGAGUUGUUGCCAAACCUCAUCUUAGGAAUGUCUUUUUCCGUGUCUCCUCCUUGAACCUAAUGGGCGUGAAGCUGGUCUUUGUGACAGAAGGAGAAGCCCCAAAAGUUAAAGCUGACACUAUGAACAAGAGGAACGCGAUGAGAUACGGCCCAACCAAUAAGCCAGUUACAUCCAGGCCAGGACGCUCCUAUUUCAAGUCUGUCCUGAAGGAGUGUCUCCGUAUGUUGGACUGCCUGGGUGUCCCUUGGGUUCAAGCAGCUGGGGAAGCUGAAGCAAUGUGUGCUUAUCUCAAUGCCAAGGGCUACGUGGAUGGAUGUAUUACCAACGAUGGAGAUGUAUUCCUCUACGGAGCGCAGACCGUUUAUAGAAAUUUCACCAUGAAUGUGAAGGAUCCUCAUGUGGAUUGUUAUGAAGCAUCUGCCAUUAAGGAUAAGCUGGGGUUGAACCGAGAGUCACUAGUUGCAAUGGCAAUCCUCCUGGGAUGUGAUUAUGUUCCAAAAGGCUUGCCUGGCAUUGGAAGGGAAAUGGCACUGAAGUUCAUCAGGUCUCUGAAUGGAGAGAGUGUGCUACAGAGGUUUUACCAGUGGAGGAAGCAGUUUGAUGAUCCCACAGUUGCCCCUAAAUCUGCCAAGAAGACCGCUCACUGUUCUGUCUGCUGUCAUCCAGGUUCAGCUAAGGAACACCAGCGGAAAGGAUGCAGUCUGUGUGCCAGCGAUCGAUAUUGCGAGCCGCAUGACUAUGAUUACCGUUGCCCAUGUGAGUGGCAUAAGUCUGAAGAAGAAAAAAAGAACAACCCCUUGGAAUAUACUUUUAAGACGAAGGCAAGAAAACGUGAAGGCUUUCCUUACCACGAGGUUAUCCAGGAAUUCCUUGUAAACAAAGACAAAUUAUCAAAGGUGAUCCGAUGGGUCCGGCCUAGUCUACCUUGCUUCCAGAAUUUUGCAUUGGAGAGGAUGGAGUGGCCCAAGCAUUAUGCCUGCGAGAAGAUUCUGGGCCUUCUGACGUACCAUGACAUGCAAGAGAGGAAAGCGGGCAGGCAACAUGAUGCACAGCUUCAGGCGACCAGAAUUAUGAAGACAAGAGUCAGGAAUGGGAUUCCAUGCUACGAAAUUGAAUGGGUGAAACCAGGCAGCUUUGUUUUUCCUGACGAUCAUCCACCUAAUGCUCCAUUACUCACCAUUGAGGAUGAAUGCCUAUUCACAGCAGCUUACCCCGAUAUUGUAGAGUUAUUCCAAAAAGACAGAUUGGAGGCUGAGCUGCUAAAACAGAAAAGCAAGAAAAGCAAGCCAACUUCCAAGGUCCUUCCUAACAUGGAUGAUGUCGCUUCUCUUUUGUCUGAAAUGAGCUUGACUCCAGCGUUGGAAAAGUCACCACCCUCACAAGCACCGGUCUUAAAUGUUGACGAUGUCCCCUUACCUCCCAUCAGUCUUAAAUGCCCUGGGGACUCGCAUGGCUUACUCUUCUCCUUAGAAUCAUCUAGGCCACCUCUGACAGUGUUACCCAAUGAGACAGGCUUGAAUGUUUUGACAGCAUCUUUAUUCACUAAAGGUGACACAGAGACAUGUCCUAAUCCUUGUUUUUCCCCAGUAAUAAGCAGUAGAGAAGAACCCCUGGUGUCAUCACCCAAUAUUUCAUCGCUGAUUUCAGACUUAAAUUUGAGUAGCAUUGACUGGGAAGCCACCUCAUUUGGUAUGUCGCCUCAAACAGAAUUUCGUAAGGGCUGUAAUGAGGCGCAUGGUUCUGAGGACAAGGCAGUUGCUCCUGAGCCACAAAUUCUAGCUUUGGUGAACAGCAAUCAAGAACCACGUAAGCCCAGCCUCAAGGAUACAGCUGAUCAGAAGCCUGCAUUUAAUCUUGAUUCUCCUAGCAUCUUACACACUGAAAAGUUACCUUUAAGAGAGAGAAUACUGUUGAAAAAUGCCAGACAGACUGUAGACUUGAACCCACAAAAACUCAAUGAGAAGAACUUUUCUCUGGUACCUGUACCCAAAGUCCUUGAUAAACAUCAACAGAAAAAAUGUAUUUCUGAAAAUAACUGUGACAAUUUAAAGGAAAAUGUACAAAGACAUAUCAAGUUGUUAAAAAAGCCAAGCCCUCAAAAAAGUAAAACUCACAAUACUGUGGUCACAAAAUUGGCCGGAACCAGCAACAGCGCUCAAGUGCUUCAACGCCCCACAACAAAAACCUUCUCUUUUGUGAAGAAGUCUACUCUUGCCCCAGUGAGGAAUCUAUCGGACAGUAGCCUAAUUAACAAUGUUCCACUCAAAGCUAAGGAAAAAGCCUUGCCAAAGAAGACCGUCUGCCAUAAAAUUGCAUUGUCUAGUGAAGAUGAGGACGAGCAAAGUAAACCUGUAGCAAAAAGCAAGACAGUCGGCACUAAAAAAAUGGCUCCUCUGAGCAAAAUGGCUUCCACCACACCAGCAUCUGUUUAUUUGUCCAAUGAAGAUGUUGGCUCUGAUAAAGAAGAUCUCUUUCUGAGUCCUAAGUGCAAGUCUUCAACAAAGGCACAAGACGAGCAGGAUAGUGGUGAUGACUCUAUCAUUUCUGUAGACAGCCCUCUGCCACUGUCUGAAAGAUUGAAACUGAGAUUACUACAGAACUGCUAAUGUUUUUAUUGUCAUUCUAUCUCUUUUGUUCCUUAUGUGUGUUUUAGAUGAUUUGAUCAAUUUCUUCCAAUUCAUUAUGUAUUUUUUUAUGAAGUUUAUAAAAGAAAAUGUAUGUCUUGGCCAUGAUGGAUUUUUUUUAUUUUAUUUUUUUCUUGAGUACAUAUCCUGAGGUUUGGCCAAUUCUUUGAAAAGUAAAUAAAUGGAAAAAGUAGGUUCUUAA